AUGGCAUAUCACAACGCUACACGCACAAUAGUCUUCAAAGGCGUCGAUCAAUCUAGCCGCGAAGAAGAGGUUGCUUGGCUCGACUGGACCUCUGUGAAUCAUCUCGGGUUGGCGACAAUCGGGAACAUGGAGGUUCCCAUGUCUGAGCUCGUUCAGAGAGGCUCGGCGUUUCGUUCUCGUCAGUUUAUGAUUCUGGACCCCCAAGACCAGCGAGUAUUUGAAUGGAGACAGGAUGAACUGUUUAAUAAUAUGUACCGGCUGCACAAUGCAGAUGGGACGGUCAUAGCCUCGUUCGAGUUGUACGAUAUGCCCCAACCUUCGAGCAUCGGACCACUGUAUGCUGUUAUGCGCUAUUGGUACAAAGAAGACGAUAACCUGAUGCUUACUUCAAUCCUUUCUCUUACUCUCAUUCGUUGGAUCGCACUUCAUGGUCCGUAA